GCGGGGGGACUUCCGUCGUGGCCUAGGGAUCUUGUUCGGGGAACGUCCGUCCUGCAGUCAUGUCGGCGUCGGUAGUGUCGGUCAUCUCGCGGUUCUUAGAGGAGUAUCUGAGCUCCACUCCGCAGCGCCUGAAGUUGCUGGAUGCCUAUCUCCUUUAUAUUCUGCUCACCGGGGCGUUGCAGUUCGGCUACUGUCUCCUCGUGGGGACCUUCCCCUUCAACUCUUUCCUGUCGGGCUUCAUCUCCUGUGUGGGCAGCUUCAUCCUGGCCGUUUGCCUGAGAAUACAGAUCAACCCACAGAACAAAGCUGAUUUCCAAGGCAUCUCCCCAGAGCGAGCCUUUGCUGAUUUCCUCUUUGCCAGCACGAUCCUGCAUCUUGUAGUCAUGAACUUUGUUGGCUGAGCUGUUCCUGUUUUCUUCAUGAUAAGAUCGUGACUGGGAGCCUGUUCACAUUUUGAUGUCCCCUGGAUAAAAUUCUUGAGAUGGCAGCCUGUUGGAUAUGUGAAUUCUUCAGUGUUGUAUUUAAUUGUGAUCUGAUUGGGUGUGCAGCUGGAGAGUCCAGUGAAAGUUCCUCGCUCAGACCAGCUUUGUAAUCACAUUUGUUAACAGGAGCCCCACCUUCCAUCAAGUGUAACGUUUUACUUUUCAAAAUAAAAAAUUCUAUGCCACUCUU